UCUACAGGGUAACUUCUAAAGCUACCAGGGCUCCGAUUGAUUCAGAUAUCCUGGGACACCAGUGGCUUAUUGUGAGAGACAGUGAGUCAGAGACAGGGAUGCAAGUCACAAUGACCCAGUCACAAUGAGUCUGGUCAAACCAGUCUCCAUCAUGUAGAUCAGGGUCAUUUCAAAGACAGGUGGGGCAAGGGUACACACAGAAGGGCUCCCCAUGAAUCAGAGGCACUUGGAGUUGGAAGACCAAGAAUAGCAUUGUCCCUUGUCAGAAGAAGAGGUGUUCAGCCAUGGCAAGAAUUGUGUACCCCAGUCAGGCCCCUGUGGACUUAGAUAUUUAUCAGAGCUCCUACAUGGUUGACUACAAGCCCUACAGAAAGCACAAAUACUCCAAGGUGACACCAGAAGAGCAAAAGAAACUGGAGGCCCAACUUCGUAACAAGGAAUUUCAGCGGCCCAGCCCCAGCCCCUACCCCAAGCUAGGGGACGGCUACUCUGCCUUCAAAAGGGUCCACAUGACUGCCAAGGACCUGGGCUUGCCCGGCUUCUUCCCAUCUCAGGCCCGCACCCCUGCAACAGAGGCCAAGGGCAGAAGCUUCACCAGCACCUGUCCUUCCAUACACCCGGUCUCCCUAGCUUUGCACCUGGCACACAGGAACCAGAACCCGGUCCACCAAGUCGCCGACUUCCCAUGCCUCCUGGAGCCCUCACGCCAGCCUGCUCCAGAGGAGGGCAAAGGCUACCUGCUGCUGCCUGGCUGCUUCUGUCCUCACCGCCACAAGGACAAGUUCCCAGUCCUGUAUCGGUGGGGCCCUCUGAUGCCGUUUUACCAGUAGGUGGGUGAAGAGUGCCAUCCAAAGGCUCUAUGGGGGUCCUUCCAGCUCAUAAGAAGUAGAGGACAGAGAGGACAGUUGAAAAUAAAACCUUGAGAGAUGUUCCACCAGCA